UUAUAACAGUAAGCCGUUAGUCUUACUAGCUCUGAGGCUGGAACCGCCACAACAAUGGCGCCUGUGAAAACCACAGGAGCCAUUGUAGCUGCGAUCUCUGUGUCAAUGGCACUUCUUUCUUACAUACUUUGCAGUUACACAUCUAAUAAAAAUACCCGUUUGGAAAUUUCUAAUAAGAAAAAGAAAAAACCAAGAAAUGGACUCAUUGAUGCUGUCGGCAAUACUCCUUUGAUUAGGAUCAAUAGCCUCUCUCAAGCUACCGGUUGUGAAAUUCUCGGGAAAUGUGAGUUUCUGAAUCCUGGAGGCAGUGUGAAAGAUAGGGUUGCUGUGAAGAUAAUUGAAGAGGCUCUGGAAUCUGGCCAGUUAUCUCAGGGUGGAGUUGUAACUGAGGGAAGUGCUGGAAGCACUGCUAUCAGCCUUGCUACAGUGGCUCCUGCUUAUGGAUGCAAAUGCCAUGUGGUCAUCCCAGAUGAUGUUGCUAUUGAGAAGUCCCAAAUUCUUGAAGCAUUGGGAGCUACUGUUGAAAGGGUAAGACCAGUUUCAAUUACACACAGAGACCACUAUGUCAAUGUUGCUAGGCGACGGGCACUUGAAGCAAAUGAAUUAGCUGCAAAGCAUAAACAAUAUGAUCAAAUUGAUGGCGAAAAAAGUAAUGGUUACAGAUCUGAGGGAGAAAAACAAGGUUCAGUUUUCUCAAAAUAUUGCAAUGGGGGUUUCUUCGCUGAUCAGUUUGAAAAUUUGGCCAAUUAUCGAGCCCAUUUUGAGGGUACUGGGACUGAAAUUUGGGAACAAACAAAUGGUAGUUUAGAUGCAUUUGUGGCAGCUGCAGGCACUGGUGGGACUGUGGCUGGUGUUUCUAGGUUUCUGCAGGAAAAGAAUCCAAUUAUCAAAUGCUUUCUCAUAGAUCCUCCAGGUUCUGGUUUGUUCAAUAAGAUAACAAGGGGGGUUAUGUACACUAAAGAGGAGGCUGAAGGGAAAAGGCUAAAGAAUCCAUUUGACACUAUAACAGAAGGAAUUGGAAUUAACAGAAUAACUCAGAAUUUUAUGAUGGCAAAACUUGAUGGUGCUUUUAGAGGCACAGAUAAGGAGGCAGUGGAAAUGUCAAGGUUUCUUUUGAAGAAUGAUGGCCUCUUUCUGGGGAGUUCUUCAGCCAUGAAUUGUGUUGGGGCUGUUAGAGUUGCACAGGCGAUUGGCCCUGGUCACACGAUAGUGACCAUUCUUUGUGAUAGCGGGAUGAGGCAUCUUAGUAAGUUUCACAAUGCUGAGUAUCUGUCCCAGCAUGGUUUAACACCCACAGCCACUGGAUUAGAGUUUCUUGGAAUCAAGUGAAGAUUGGGGCUGGCUGAGAUUUUUGUCAAGAGUUGAAGAAGGAAUUGGAGCAAUGCUCGUGUUUCAAAAUUUUGUGAAGGUUGUAGUAUGAAGAUUUAGUUCGGCCUGAAGGUUUUAGCAAUUAGAUAAUGAAGCAGUGGUAUCAGGUAGAUUGAUCACCAUUCAUUUUAAAAGGAUUAGGACAUAUUCGCAACACAGCGUGCGUAUAGAAUUGUUAAUUUAUAGUUUUGGUUGAAGAAGAGAAUUCUGUAGAUUCAUUCAAAUUAUUUUUUGAACAUAUUGAGGUUUGAGAUUGCACCAAUGACAAAAUCUUUAGUCCUGAUGUUUUUCUUUUUCC